AUGGCCAACGGUUCGUUGUGCCGGCAAUGCGAAGACCUUCAAAUGCUCGCAGAUCGGAAAAAUGGCGACACCCUUGCCUUGGCCAACGCGCGUUUCGCGGUAAACCAAUCGCAUGACCCUUUCAUUCACAAAUUCCCUCCCGAAAUCGCGUCGGAAAUCUUCGUAUCCUAUCUACCUGGCCCCGACGACGACCCAUGGGCCAAGGUCGAGAUUUCUGGACCUCUCAUCCUCGGCGCAGUCAGCAGGAAGUGGCGCCAAAUUGCCUGGUCUACACCGCAACUCUGGAGCACAAUAAUGUUGGAACUCUAUUUCAAGGGCUGUGACAUCCCCCUCCGACGGGCGCUGGUCAGGGAAUGGUUAUCGCGUUCUGGCGGUCUCCCGCUGGACAUCCACCUCCGGACCCCUCGUCGCAUCCCGGACGGAGUGCUUUUCUAUUUUUACUCCCUCAUAGACACCAUCAACACUUAUUCAAGCAGAUGGCGCGUCCUGAGAAUCCAUGCUCCCGCCUCUUUCCUUUCGCGACUGAAUCAAGGAACGACGAUCGCUCCAGGAUCUAGCCUCUUGGAACUCAACAUCGAGCCUGAAGAGGGAAAAGACAUAUGGCCAGGGGUCGUUGACCUCAGAUCCGUCACAUCUCGUCUGCAACAACUGACCGUUCGAUCAAUGAAGAUCUCCUCUCUCCUUGUUCAUUUCGGCUCUCUGACGCACUUAACGACCGACGGCAUUGCGGAUGACGAAUGUCUAGAGGUCAUGCAAAGCGCUACAAACCUCGUCGUCUGCACCUUCCAGCGGAUGCAUGUCGGCACCCCCUUUGUUGACGGCUUAGUCACUUGCCUCAAGCUUCAGCAGUUCGAAAUCGAGCCUGAUGAGAAUGAGUUCUUGGACGAAUUCUUCAACAAGAUUCACCUCCCGGCCCUGGAAAUUCUCAGCGUCAUGGACCGGUUUCGCCAUCCCGAUACGACAAUAUUCAACCUCACGGACUUUUUCGAGAGGUGUAGGUGCCCUUUAACCCACCUCACUCUCGGAAACUCCGAGUCAGAACCGCAAAACAUGAAAACAAUGCUGGUUCAAGUACCGACACUCAAGCACCUUCGCUUCAGAGCACGUGAAGACUGGAAUAAAGCCCUACGCGACGUUCUGCAGGCGCUUGCGGACCGAUAUUCGUCGGCGGACAGUAAAAACGGCGGCAGAAUUACCUUCCUUCCAUACCUCGAGCACCUGACCUGCUGGGAUUCUGCUCGGACGUUCGAAUGGGACCUCAUCCCGAAGAUAUUCGGCGUGGACUUCGAGAACAUGCACUCGAUCGGUAGUGCGGACAUCGUCCCAAGGUCCCCGUUGCGCUCUGUACAUCUAGAGUUGAGGGAGAGAGACACAAGCACCGUUGAUCAAGACACCAUACUUCGCUGCCAGCAUCUUGUGUGGGUUGGAAUCAAAUUGUAUGUCUAUCCCCGCAUCUUCGACGAACCACAAGCUCGGAGGAAUAGAUCCACCUGA